CGAUUUUACGAGCAGGUAAAUCUCAUAGCCUGAAAAGGUGUCAUGUAAUCUUCAGACUGUAACGUAUGAGUUACCAUGGAGACAGGUUUAACCCUCCACCUCUUUGCUCUGCUGAUGACCACAGUAUAUGCUGCCAUAGAAUUCACUGCUUCACCGCAAAAUACUGCCGUUGUUGUUGGUCAAGAUGUUCGCCUGGACUGUUUGGCCCAGGAUGAAGCUGUGACUGGUACCUUGCUGUACAGGUGGACAUUUGGUGGAGAACCUGUAAGAGCGUCUGCGUCAGUCUUUGCAAACCACUCCCUCCUCGUUCCCAGGGUGCAGCUCUCAGACCUGGGCUUGUACACGUGUAAUGUCUCCAGUGACAACUUUUUAACGUCGGAAGGUCGAUCAGCUACAGUUAUAGAAGCCUACACUGAAGAGUUUGUGUCAUCACCAUCAUCCAUUAAGGCUUCCCCAGGUGAGAAUGUUAUCCUGACGUGUAUCACUGGCCGUGCCGCACCCAAUCCCAGUGCAUUCUGGGAAAAAGACGGCCGCCAGUUUCUCGCGGGAGAUCAGCAAAAUGCCUCAUACGGUGACAUCGACCCUCUGAGACUGGGAAAGCAGUUCUCCCUCAGGUUACAGCUCGUUGUGGAAAACUCGUUAACAGGUGUUUACAGGUGUGUGCUGGAGAACACGUUAGCAGGUGUUGUGAAGAGGAGUGAACCAGCUUUCUUGUCUCUCACAGUUCCUGAUACCACACCCAGCCUUGUUAUUUCCCCGCCUUCUCUAGUUUUCGCCCCAGAAGGCCGACCGCUUUCUGUGGAUUGUGUGGUAGAAGGUAACCCCGUGCCUAGAGUACGCUGGCUGCACAACAGCGUGGAAGUGACCAAUGGGGAACGAGUAUCUGUCCUUGUUAACGGAACGUUGCAGUUCUCGUCUGUUGCCCUCGGCGAUGGAGGCUUGUACCUGUGUCAAGGUACAAACAGCAUGGGCAGCAUCUCAAGUGGAUACAUGACACUCCAAGUCCCAAGAUUGGGAUUGGAGUUUGUUCAACAGCCUCAGGACAUUCACGCCAUCGCCGGGCAAACUGCCCGACUCCUCUGUACCCCACCCAACAGCAUCCCUCCAGCGACGGUGACCUGGUACAAGGGGUCAUCACCAGUUGUGAUACGUAGCGGGGAGUUUGCCGUAUCUGUUAUCUUUACCCUCUCAGGAGGACAAGACCUGUUCUUCUCGAAUGUCCAGCAGGAAGACGCCGACGACUACAUCUGUGUGGCCAUCAAUGACCGCUCAGUUCCUCAGUCAAGAACGUCGCGUGUUGCUCGUCUCUCUGUCACUGGUGGAGCUAUUUUUACAGAGCCCCCUACUGGUCAGGAGCUGAUUAAAGGGGAACUACUGACCCUGCGGUGUUUGGUUAAAGGCAACCCUUCACCUGUGAUCAGAUGGUACAAAGAUGGAGCACCUCUACAACUUUCUGACCGAACAACAGUGGCGCGUGGCGGCCAGGAGCUGUAUAUCAGUGGCGUGAUCAAGACUGAUGAGGGGACAUACCUGUGUAAUGUGAUCACAGACUUCAACAAUGUGUCAGCAUCUGCCUACGUAACAGUUCUGGUGCCUCCUGCCAUUUUGUCAAAGAUUGGUCAUGUGAUUGCUAACCUAGGGGUCAUGUCAGAGGUCACACUUCCUUGUUUGGUCAGUGGUGACCCAGUGCCAGAGGUUACCUGGCUCCAUGACGGGGUGGAGAUUCAAGAAUCUGACCAGUUGAGAGUUGUAAACAACAACCUUCACCUUCUGGAGGUCACAGUGAUGGAUUCUGGGAACUACACAUGCAAGGCUAAGAACACUGCCGGAUUGAAGAUGGACACGGGAGAGAUGGAGGUUAUAGUACCUCCAUCGUUUGUGGUUCCUCCGUCCAGUCGUAUGGUCACUCUUGGUCAAGGACUGACCCUUCGCUGUGAAGUGACUGGUGUCCCUCAACCCACAAUCUACUGGACAUACAAUGACACAAACCCUAUACCUACGAGACACCUUGUUCCCAAUGACCUGUCUGUCAUCACCAUAGAAACAGUCACUUGGACAGACUUGGGGAAAUACACCUGCCACGCCAACAACAGCGCGGGUGAGGCAUCAAGCUCUGCCUACCUGACCAUCCAAAGUGCGUAUUUUUGUGCUUACCUGUUUAUAUGUGUACUUACACCCUGUGUUAAUUGGCUGGUGUGCCAUGAUGCCAUGCUCAAGAAUUUCUCACUUAAUUACCAAAUCAAAUACAGUGAAGUUUCGCAUGGAACUGAUUUUCGCGAAUUUAAUUCCAGCGAAGUAAAUAUCCAGUUUUCCCUGCCAUCUGUUGUUCGCGUGAGGGGUGAGAAUAUCUUACCUGUCCUUAGCGACCUGUAUCUCACCUGUGAGACUGCGGGUAUCCCUCCUCCCUCAGUGACCUGGCUGUUCAGCAGUCAAGAGGUGGUGCCCUCUCUGGACGGCAGAGUAUCCUUCCCAGCAGUCAAUAGUCUUCUGGUGAGAUUCGCACAGGAAAAUGAUUCAGGAACAUAUUCUUGUGUGGCUAAGAAUGAAGCAGGACAGGAUGUGAUGUCAGAGGAAGUUGUUUUCUAUGGUCCCCCUAUCCCCCCUAGAUUGGAAUCUGUGAUCCCCGUGUCAAUGAGUUCCCUCAAUGUUAGCUGGUCUGAAGUGCCGCAGUCUCCUUACGCUGAUGUAACCAGCUACGUGCUACGCUACAGAGAAAGUGUUUCCACAGACUUUGUGGUGUACAGAGAUGAUAUUCCCUCAAACUCCACCUAUGUAGAACUGGAUGGCCUAAAGCCGGCCAGCUCUUACGUGGUUGUCAUGGCAGCAAAGAACUUGGCAGGGGAGGGAACUGUGAGUUCAGCUCUGUCUGCAACAACGUUUGAAUCAGCUCCCUCUGUCCCGCGAUACUUUGAGGUUAUAUCUGUGGGUACCUACCAGGUCAGACUUAGGUGGGAAAUUCCUAAGGAAACAAGAGGUCAGAUCAGACAGUACCAAGUGACCUUCAGACAGAAGACUGACCAAGAUUUUCAGACAAUUGUGAUCACAAGCCCAUCGGUCCCACUCCAGGAAUUCACCCUCGGGAGCCUCCGUCCUCACACCACUUACAUGAUACAGGUGCGAGCAGCCACAGACCUGGAGAGGGAGGCCGUAGUGUGGGGGAACCACACCGACUUUCUCGAGGUCACGACUCUGUAUGCAGCCCCAACUGGGAGUCCCCAGAAUCUCACUGUAAUUUCAACUAAUCCCAGAAAAAUGAUUGUUGCCUGGCAACCUGUCCCGGAAGAAAAGGUGAAUGGACCAAUCACGAGUUACAUUGUAAGAUAUACGUCCGACUCCCCUUCCUUGAUCAACCAAUCAGCUACAGUCUCGGUCAUGAGCAAUGAUGUGGUGAUAACAGAGAGUGUGUUUCCAUGGCGACUGUACACCGUGACUAUCUCUGCCGUGAAUGAAGCAGGAGAAGGCCCAGUCAGCAAACCUGUCACAUUUUUAACAUCAGCAGAGGCACCAUCUACCUUUCCACAAGGUAUUACAGCGAGGUCAGACUCAGGGGAGACAAUUCUUGUGGCAUGGAGGGUAAAGAUGUGUUUCAGUGAAAUUUGGUGGAUUUUUUAUGUGAAUGUUCAUACAUGUAUUUUAUAUAUGUGUUUUAUUUCUGAACAUAGGCUUCUCAUUCAUGAUUUACAAGAAAGAAUUUCACCCCUUAAGGAUUGUUAUGCAGCGAUUGUACAUUCCUCACUUGUGCAGCCAGUACCUUCGGAGGAAAGUAACAGCCCAAUCAGUGGCUACCUGGUGGAAUAUGGAGUGUCUGGGGAGAGUCUUCGCUCCAUCGUCAACAUCACAGACGGGGCAGUGUUAGAGACAACCAUCAGAGACUUACUGCCCUACACUACGUAUGAGAUCAGAGUAGCAGCUUACACCACUGAGGUAACACCAGGUCAGAGUCCGUAUAGUCCGGCACAGACAGUCAGGACAAGAGAACAGGCUGCGGGGUCGAUAAGAAACCUGACCUACACUGUCACACCUGACACCAUCUCGUUAACCUGGCUACCCCCAGGUGUGACAAAUGGCGUGUUGGUUAAGUAUGUCAUUAGAUACCAGCCUCUGGGGAACAACCAAAGCACAGAUCCUAAAGUUGUGAGUGCAAUACCAAGCACAAUUUCUGUGACGAUAGCAAAUCUUCAGAGUGACACAGAUUAUCAGGUGAAUGUGACGGCGGAGAAUGGAGCUGGGGAAGGGGAGACAACCUCCCUUGUAAUCAAAACAGCUCUUCAGGUAGCAGCCUCCCCAGAUGUCACAGAACCUGCCUCCCCUGCCUUGGGUAGCCCCUCCCCCACACGCAAAGAGGACAGCAGCAAGAACCUCCCAGCUAUCGUGGCUGGGUGCCUGACAGGUGGCUUAGCUCUCCUUGCUAUCAUUGGGAUCAUCAUCUACAAGUGUCUGAAGAAACGCCGCCACAAAAAUGAUGAGAGAUACUAUAUGUCUAAAGUAGAAGAAGACCUGGACAGCAUCGGUGAUCUUCAGAUAAAAAGUAGUACUAGAGACCCCACGCCCUGCGCCCCUUCUCCCUCACCCCCACCCAGCCGCCCGCACCCCUGUCCUGUAGACGCACCCCCUAGUGGCAGCCAGAUUCAGGUUCAAGCUGUUAUCAACAACAACAACCAAUCACCGACAAUGCCUCAAUCUUCCAGAGCAAAGAAACUAUCAGGUAUAGACAACGCAGGAUUUGUGGACAGCACCCUGGGUACCAGAGAGGGAAGUGUUCGGUUGUCAGCAGAUCAAGUCUAUUCUCAGAUUGAUCGGUCGCGGAAGAAGCAGUAUCGGAUGAGAACAGAAAGUGCAGCAGCCAUCGCUGUGGAGCGUAACCGUGGUAUUCAGGUGCUUACAGGUGAUAAGGACUCGCUGAUAAACAAUGAAGCCGAGAUCGUUUACGAUGAAAGGACGGCAUUGUGAUGUUUGCUGAUCAUAGUGGAUUGAACAUUAGAGCUGAUAUUGUUCACGAUGAAAGGACGGCAUUUUGAUGUUUGCUGAUCAUAGUGGAUUGAACAUUAGAGCUGACAUUGUUCACGAUGAAAGGACGGCAUUGUGAUGUUUGCUGGUAAUAGAGAAUUGAACAUUAGAGCUGACAUUGUUCACGAUGAAAGGAUGGCAUUGUGAUGUUUGCUGAUCAUAGUGGAUUGAACAUUAGAGCUGACAUUAUUCACGAUGACAGGACGGCAUUGUGAUGUUUGCUGAUCAUAGUGGAUUGAACAUUAGAGCUGACAUUGUUCACGAAUAAAGGACGGCAUUUUGAUGUUUGCUGAUCAUAGUGGAUUGAACAUUAGAGCUGACAUUGUUCACGAUGAAAGGACAGCAUUGUGAUGUUUGCUGGUAAUAGAGACUUGAACGAUGCAGCUGACAUUGUUCACGAUGAAAGUUAUGGCAUUGUGAUGCGUGUGGAUCGUGCAGUAUUAAAUCGAUGAAGCUUUGAAGCCUGUGUGAUGAUAAAGGGAUUGUACUGUGGUAUGUUUAGAAAUUGGGAUUGAUUACGUGUAUGAUGAAAGGAAGGCACUGAUGCUGAUCAAGGAGUUAUAAAUGAUGAAGCCAACACCAUUCAAAAUGAAAAUACUUUAUGUGCUGUCGCUAGUGAUAACGAAGGAAGCUCUAAGAGAUAGUUUGUUAUGAAUGGACUCCACUGUGAUAAAUUUAAGAGCUGAACAAAACAUUCUUGGAGCAAUGAAGCUGAGACAGUUCAGAAUGAAAAUAAGCUAUAGUUAUAUGUGCCUAGUGAUAGUUAUAGAGUGAUAACGAAGGAAGCUGUAAGAUAUACAUUUAGUUUGUCAUGAAUAGAUCCAUGUACCACUGUGAUAAAUAUAAGAGCUGAAUGAAACACUCUUUAAGCAAUGAAGCAGAGCCAUACAAGAAGCAAAGAGGAAAUCAUUGCCUGGGCUGAAGAACAAUCUUUUGGUUACUGCGAUGCAAACACUUGAAGUUCUGAAGCAAAUAUAUAGUUGAAACGGUUGUAAUUAUUGAUAUGGUGCCAUUGAUGAAAAUAAGGUUGUUCACACCAUGGUGUACAUAAAAGGCCAAAUUUGUAUAUUUAGGCAUUAUGAUUUCAUGCUGCUUGGUAGAGGAGUACUGUUUGUUUCUGUGGCUUUUCAGACAAAAUCUGAUGCACAAACAUCAGUAUUCUUAAUACAUGUACCUGUUUGAGACAUGGCCGGCAAAUUUGAAUACCUGGCCAAACCAAGUUCCCUAAUUCUGGAACCUUUUCAAGCAACUCUGCAACCA